AUGGAAAAAUAAAUCAAGCACGCAGUAGAUGAUGAAAUGUACCACAUUAUGAAGGAAUAUCCCUCAAACCAUGAUCUUUUCAAAAAGUCUUUAGUAAAAUAUUUGGUUUCAACUUCCUAGGAAAAAUGCUAACUACAUAAAUUCUGUGAGUAUGACAAGAUGGAGCCAUACAGAGAAGUAGAAGCAAGGCUGCCUAUGCCAUUUCCAUUAGGAACAUCUGCUGACUAUACAGCAAGAAAUUUGAAAAAGAAAAGAGGAAAUAUUAAAGUCGUAGUUACAGAAGAGGCUCUUGAUGACUGGCAGGCAUAAUGCUUAAAUGUUCCAUAUGAAAGACUUUUGGCUUACCUUGAAAACUAGAGAUAGGGCAGGAAAAAUCAGUAAGUUGGAAGAGAGAGUACCAUUCAAGAUAAGUAGAGGUCAUUAAUCAUGAAAAGACAACAAUAAAUAAUAAACAAUUUUAAUCUCAUGAAGGGCUCUGUAUUUUAUUGGUAUCAUUAGGAUGCAAAAUCUGUGGUAAUAGAAAGUGAGGAGCAUCCUUUGAAAAGGCCCGAUAUAGAUUUGAGUGGUAGUUAUGACUUCAGGAAGAUUAAGAAGGACAUUUAGGAUACUUAAGUUCUCAAAAAAUUUUCUUAAUAAUAAAGAGAUUUAAUCAGAGAUAUUGGGGGAUUACCUGCUAAGACUUUAAUCAAUAUAAAGAAAACUAGAGAUAGAACCAAAAGAAAUCCAAAUCCAUUUAAAUUGCAAGAAAAAUCAAAUAUAAGUAUUCACGAGAAUAAAACAAUCUAGUAAGUUGAGAGCAAUAUUAAUAAAAGUAAACUAAAUCAGACUACAAUUGAUGAUCGCUAAUAUAAAACUCUUAAGGAAACACUGGAUACAACUAGAUAAUCUAAAAGACUUUAAUCAGCUAUCUAGUCUCAUAAUAGAAGAAGGCACAAUAAUAGUCUCACUUAUAACACUACGAAUGAAACUUACCAAGACAACAAAAAACAUCCCUAGGACUUUUGGAUUACCGAUAAUGCUGGAUAUACUGUGUAAAGUCUUCAUAAUAUGACAUUAACUAUGAGCGAACAGAAUUUUUACUCUACCUUCACUAAAAGAGAUGCGACAUAAAAUGUGUAAAAUAUAUUUGAGUAGUCUAAGAAAGAAGCUAUUGAGGAGUAUAUUAUAAAUAAAGCUCAAUAUCACACUAAUUAUCCACCAAAUUUAAAACAACCUUUACUAAAUGUAAAACCUCAAAUCCAAAAUAAAGCUAGAUCAUCAGUCAUUAUCAACUCACAAUUGAGAUAGGAGUAAAAGUUAGAUAGGUCAAUUGUAAACGAGCUUAGAGUUGAUGAUGAGAUCGAUUAGAGAGAGCCAGUUGUAAACCUUGAAGUAGACAAAAGGAAAAUUAAGAUUGAUAAAUUACCCGUUGAAAUGAAACCUUCUGCCAAAGUGAGGAACAAGAGACUGGACUUCAAUGAUCCUGAUUUCUGGUUUAUAAAAGGAUAUGACCAUUUCAAAGAUUUCCAGCUUGAAAGUGCAAUUGAUUCCUACCGUCAAGCAAUAAGAAUACAAAGAUUUCAAAUGGCUAGUAAAUGGUACAGUUAUGCUAUACAAAUUGAAAAAGAUAAAUACGAGGCUUAUCUAGGAUUAUGCUUAUGUCAAUUCAAAGAUGGAAAUGCUUCAGAUGCUUUGACAAGUGCUGAAAAAGGAAUAUAGAUACUAAAAGAGAAAAAUAUUGACCAUAGUUAUGAUGAGACUUUAGGAUACUUAUAGUACUUACAAGCUACUUGCUUAAAAUUCCUAAAGAGAUAUGGGGAAUCAGAAAAGAUUUACUUUUAGUUACUUAAGAAUUUUAAUAGAGAAGAAGGGAAUAAGAUCGCCAAAUAUAUCUUUGGUAUGAUCUUAAUGCCUAUCGAAGUCAAUCGAAAAAAAAUUAUGGAAUAUGUUGAAGGAUUCUAAGGCAUUCUCGAACAGUAUGAGGCUGAAAAUGUUGAUCGAAGAAAACUCAUAUAAUUCUAUCUCGAUCCCACAGAUAAAUCUCAUAAAUACCUUUUCGACAACGAAGAUCCUAAAUGGAUUGAUAAGCACAAGCCAACAGUAAUUAAGACCUUGCGACAAAUUUCAUUCUUUUAAAGAUUCAACAUUAAGAGGUAGAGAGAGAUUAUGGAUACUAUGAAACUUAAAAUAUACCAGAAAAAUUAGGUUUUGUUUUUUGAGGCGAAGGAAGUUUAUGUGAUUGUAAGUGGGUCAAUUUUAAUGAAAAAUCAUGAAAGGAAUGUAAUGCUCCCCUAAACCUAUGCUAAAUUUAUGGAGGGUGAUAUUUUGAAUUUUCAUCAAGAGAACUCUGAAAUAUUCAACUCAGUAGAGACUUGGUUUUUCUGCUAAGUUGACACUGAGGUUGCAAUAUUCGAGCUAGAAUACUUUGAGACUAUUUGGAAAGACUUACAGUAAAAUGACAAACUAGUGCUAAAAAAUAUCAUCAGCUGCCAUCACAUGUUUAACAAGCUCAAUGAUCUUACUCUAAUGACUUUGGUAUUUGAAAUGUUUGAAAUUAGAAAGUAUUAAAAAGGUGAAAUUAUUGUUACUUAGUCUAAACAGGCCCCAACUAAUACAGUAUAUCGUGGGUAUUAUGACCUAAGAAUUAGUAAGAUAGCUUAAGAUAUAAAAAAGAGAAAGAAAGGAGUCUAAGAUAUUAACUCGAAUAAGCAAAGUCAAAUGAAAACAAUAUCUACUGAUUAAGGCGAUCAAUUAUUUAAGAACCAAAAAAGUGCAGCGGAAUACUAAAAAGAUCAGUAAUUAUCCCCAGAAAAAUAAUAAUAAGAACCUGAAAUAGCCAAAAAAGAGAUAGAUGAGCAAACAAAUGAAUUUGAGAAAGAACCAGAGGGUAUCUAUAUAAUCGAUUAGGGUAAGUGCAGAAUUAUCCACAAGCAAGACUAGUUUGAAAGUAAAAUCCUCAGAAGGCUGGACUUCUUUGGUGAGUGCGACCUUCUCAAAGUUAUAUUUGUUAUGAAGCAAUAUUGCUAGCAGAGAGAAGAUAUUUCAAUGCUUGCCUAUCUUUUUUCAAAUAGAUACGGUGUAGACAUAAAAGAAUAUGCCAACUAUUAUUGA